AUGCCUCCUGGCUUCCUUCUUCAAGGCUUUUCUGAAUUCCCUCACCUACAACCUUUCCUCUUCUUACUGCUCCUUUUCGUACACCUGGCCACCCUGAGUGGAAAUCUGGUCAUCCUUGUGUCAGUGGCCUCUGUUACCACCCGUCCUCCUAUGCUGCUUUUCCUAUGCCAGUUGUCAGCUAUUGAGCUCUGCUAUACCUUGGUGGUAGUGCCCCGCUGCCUAGCUGACCUGGCCAGUGGCCAGGACCAGGGCAGCCCCAUCUCCUUCAUGAGCUGUGCAGUGCAAAUGCAGAUGUUUGUGGCUCUUGGAGGAGCUGAGUGCUUCCUGCUGGCAGCCAUGGCCUAUGACCGCUAUGUGGCCAUCUGCCACCCUCUGCGCUACCCAGCCAUGAUAACUCCAGGGCUCUGUGGGAGGCUGGCUUUGGGCUGCUGCCUGGGGGGACUGGUAGUCUCCCUGUUUCUCACUGUAGCUGUCUUCCGACUGCCCUUCUGUGGCUCCCACCUGUUGAUUCACUUCUUCUGUGACAUCACUGCCUUACUGCACCUUGCCUGCACCCAGAGCUAUGUGGAGGAGCUGCCCCUCCUUGGGGCAUGCAUUGUACUGUUGUUGGUACCCUCUUUCCUGAUCCUGACCUCCUAUGGUGCCAUUGUGGGUGCCCUGAGACGCCUGCAUUCAGCGGGGGGCCGCAAGAAGGCUGCCUCCACGUGUGCCUCUCACCUGGCAGUUACCCUGCUACAUUAUGGCUGUGCCACCUUCAUGUAUGCACGGCCCAAGACCAGCUAUGCCCCACAGAGGGACCGGAUACUGGCACUCAUCUACACCAAUGUGACACCCCUACUCUACCCACUCAUCUACAGUUUCCGCAAUCGGGAAGUCACCACAGCCAUACACAAGGUACUGAGAUUGCAAGGAAAUGGCCACUCCCUGGUUACUGGGUGA